AUGGCGAGAGGUUUGAAGAAGCAUUUGAAGAGGCUCAAUGCUCCCAAGCAUUGGAUGCUUGACAAAUUGGGUGGUGCCUUUGCUCCUAAACCCUCGUCAGGACCCCACAAGUCAAGGGAGUGCCUUCCACUCAUUCUCAUUUUGCGGAACAGACUGAAGUAUGCUUUGACAUACCGUGAAGUUAUUGCCAUAUUGAUGCAGCGACAUGUUCUCGUCGAUGGUAAAGUAAGGACUGACAAGACCUAUCCAGCUGGGUUCAUGGAUGUUGUCUCUAUUCCUAAAACAAAUGAGAACUUCCGUCUGCUCUAUGAUACUAAAGGCCGUUUCAGACUUCACUCAGUCAGGGAUGACGAGGCAAAGUUCAAGCUUUGCAAGGUCCGAUCGGUGCAAUUUGGGCAGAAAGGUAUUCCAUACCUGAACACAUAUGAUGGUCGCACCAUCCGCUACCCAGACCCUGUCAUCAGGGCCAAUGACACCAUCAAGCUUGAUCUAGAGGAAAACAAGAUUGUUGAUUUCAUCAAGUUUGAUGUCGGGAAUGUUGUUAUGGUUACUGGUGGAAGGAACAGAGGGCGUGUUGGUGUGAUUAAGAACAGGGAGAAGCAUAAGGGAACCUUUGAGACUAUCCAUGUUCAGGAUGCUACUGGUCAUGAGUUUGCAACUCGUUUGGGUAAUGUGUUCACAAUUGGUAAGGGUACCAAGCCAUGGGUAUCUCUUCCCAAGGGUAAGGGUAUUAAGCUAACUGUAAUCGAGGAAGCUAGGAAAAGGGCUGCUGCAGCUCAACAAGCAAUUGCUGCUUAA